UCCAUGGGAUUCUCCCCUACAAAGACAAACUUAGAUUGACUUAGGCACCACUGACAGUCAAAAGCCUGCACCUAAAGCUCAUUUUAAAGCAGCUCACCUCCUUGCAAAGCAGCUCCUAGUCAUCGGCUUUGCUCUUUUCUGUCCUGGUUGGGAAGGCAGUGAUGUCGUGGGACUGUGGUCUGAGGUACGUGUUCUCUGUGUCCCCUACACUGUCGCCGGGCAGCAUGUGCAUCCUGCACGAUAAGGAGGAUUUGUCCAAGCUAGGGAUGGUCCAGAGACUGGCUAAGGACGGCUGCCGCUUCUUGCAGAAUCACAGCAAGGCCCCGGAGAGGACAACUGAGCCUGCCCAGAAUGACGAGGCGGUCCGUGUGCUGGAGAGGGGUCGCUGUGUGUUGGUCCUUCAGAGGAUGUCGUCACAGUCGCCAGUGAAGGGAGGAGGGAGAGAGGCGGAGGAGGAGGCAAAGAAGAGGAGGUACACGGUGGUGUCAGGAACCCCGGAGAAAAUACUGGAUCACCUGCUGAGCUACCUGACGCUUGAAGAGGACCAUCUGGCGUCACAAGUCAAAGAGUCAGACACACUUUUGGACGACUUUCUGCUGACCUAUCCAGUGUUCAUGUCAACCAGCGAUUUGUGCCAAGCUCUUCUGGGACAUUAUUGCUGCAAGCGAUGCAGAGUGAAGGAGCAAGCCAUGGAGGCUCUGGAGAGGAAACAGAAAGUAGUGCACCUGGUGUCCCAGUGGAUGCUGCUCUGCAGGGGCUUCCUGAGGGAGGACGAGCACGUAAAAUUGUUCAUGAAGACUUUGUACCGCUACAUGCUGGAUGACCUUUAUGAGCACCCUGUCUUGGAGGGUGACGUGAGAGGCUUGCAGAAGCUCUAUCAGUUGCAUCGCAGACAAACGGAGGUGGAAUAUUCCCCUCAAAGAAAGAGCAAAACACUUUUCCACCAAUUGAGCCUGAAAGAGAGCAGCCUUCUGUCCAGGGCCACACACAACAGAGAGACCAAGGAAGUGCCGUGUCAUGUGUACAUCACAAUGGACUCUUACCUGAGUAUGAUGGCCCAUCCUGGGGUUGUGGCUCAGGAGUUGCUGCAGAUGGUGGCAGAGAGGAUGGACGUCUCCCAGGGGGAACUAGUGCUGGUGGCUGUCACCUAUCCUGGAGGCAGACUCCUCCUGCAGCCUCAAGACAGAGUUUUUGCACCAUUACUUCGGCCAGUGGGACGACUGCAUGUUUGCAGGAAGGACCUGGGUGAAGUCAUGAAUCCAUUAUCAGAAAACUCCAAACUGCAACAGAGAACUGCUCGCAUGCUUAAUUUAAACACUUGGGACGUGGGUGUAGCGCUCAGCAACAUGGACUGGGCCAUCUUUGACUCAAUACAUGAGCAAGAGCUGAUCUACUUCACGUUCAGACGUCAUAACAGCGGCAGCCACACGGCAGCGCUAGAGCUGCUGCUGCAGCGCUGCAAUGAGAUUCAGCUGUGGGUGAUGACUGAGGUGCUGCUGUGCACAGCACUCUGCCAAAGAGUACAGCUAAUCAAGAAGUUCAUCAAGAUAGCUGACCACUGCAAGGCACAGAGGAACCUCCACUGUUUCUUUGCUAUCAUAAUGGGCCUGAACACUGCAGCUGUCAGCCGCCUCACUCAGACGUGGGAGAAAAUUCCUGGAAAAUUCAAGAAGCUGUUUUCAGAGCUGGAGACCAUCACGGUACUCUAUAUUAUUGAUCCUUCUCAUAACCAUAAGGCCUAUAGGGACACCUUCAAGAAGAUGAAGGCACCAAAGAUCCCUUUUCUUCCUCUGCUGCUCAAAGAUAUCACUUUCAUUCAUGAAGGCAACAAGACUUUUCAUGAUAAUUUGGUUAAUUUUGAAAAACUGCACAUGAUAGCAAAUACGGUCCGUGUCAUCCGGCAGUGUCAGAAAGAUCACUUGGGGAACAGCAUCACCCAGAAGGGCAGCACAGACGUGCGUGCUUACAUGGAUUACCUUCAUAUCAUCGACAAUCAGCAGACCCUGUUUGAACUCUCACAGAGGCUGGAGCCUCGUACUUGAGAGGAAAGACAUCUUACUGUAGCUUUUCCAACAACUCAGGGCCACAAGGUUUUGCACCUGGACAAUUACCAGAGGGAACUGAUCAAUCAGGAUUCUCUUAUCUAUGUGACAUGUUAAAACUAAAAAAAGAAAUGGCAGCAUUGUUUUGUUACAACAUAUAUUUUUGUAAAGGUUUACCACUGUAUCACUGAUCCAGAUAUGUUAAUAUUGUUUUGCUGGAUUUUUCAUCCAAAUGGUUGCCUGUAUAACGCAUAGGCGAGGUAUACACUGCUGCUGUUGUACAUAUGUCCACCAGAUGGUGGCGUUUAGCAUGCAUUAUUGUUCCAGUUAGUCCAUUCUAGGGAGGUUUAGUGUAAAUUGCCUGGAUCUACCCUCUUCAUACUGCUCUUGGGAUGGAAACAGGGUCCACAGAUUGAGAGUUAAGAAUACGAGCCAACGAGCUAAAAACCCAAGCUGUCAGCUCAUAGUCCAGAGUGACGCUUCAGGGAAUAAGGUUUACCAACAUACUCUCACACGGCUGCACCAGCUUCAUUACACAAGCAUGCUCUGGAUCGACAGUUUACAAGUCAGGUGACAAAGUGAACACAACAUUAAACAUGAAAAGGAAGUAAGCUAUUUUUUUCACUGAUCACUUUUAGUCUCUGGUUAGCUUUGCAGCCAAUAAUUAUAUAGCACAAUAAUUCAUUAAGAUGACAACCGCAGAUGGUUACCUUAAAUUUAACCAAAGAAUAUUUUAACAAAUACAUGAUUUUGAGUUAAGCAUAAUCCCUCCUGCUGUUUUAAAUCAGUAUACAAUCAAAGUCUCUUUUCUUAGUGUUUAUUAUGGCACAAUGACUGCAGUACAUUAGAUAAUGUUUGACACAAUUUUUGUGAGGGGAAAAAAAACAACAACAUAGGAUUCAUUGUGGGUAAAAGGUCAAGUAAAAACAUAAUUCACAUUUAAAUAAAUGCUGCAGACAAUCAAAAUAAUGUAGCAGCAAGACACACUCGAUCAUAUUAUAUCUUAUAUUCAAAACUCUUUGCAAUCCAUUUUUCUGCCCGAAUAAAAUUAAACUAUGUAGCUUUAUAUAGACUUUCCUGACAGAAAAGAAAGUAGGUCAACUCCAGUAAGCCUCUGGAUCUAUAUUGGAGUAUGUGGUAAAAUGGUUUUAUUUAAGUAAGGGACAGAUAAUGUGAAGUUACAGAAAAUACAAUAGAAACACUUUCCUAACUUAUGAUUUAAAGUUGUUGCUGCUGCCCUAAAUCUAGAUCAUCUUAGGUAAAAUGCAAGCGUGAUAUAGUAGAAUGGGUAUUACAUUUAUUUGUUUUUUAUUAUGACAAUGGGAGAUGGGAGUCUGCAAACAAGGGGAUUUCUAUGUAUACUGUAUUGUUAAAAUAAAGUGUUUGUGCUAAUGCUAGAUAAAAUUAUUUCAGAAUCAUUUUUUUCUAUGGUCUCCACUUAUACAACUUAUGAUUUUGUGAGCACUGCUUUGGUUGGCGUGACAUGGUAAAUCGUGGAUUGACACAGUAAGCACCAAAUAAAAUAUUUUCAAUCAAAGUGAACUGUUUACUGUCAAAAAAUACUUUUGCAUUAUGGUUUUAUCAUGUCAUAUUAUGUGCUGUAUAUCAAUGAUAAUUUUUUGGGGGGUCAUGCAAAACUU